UCCCUACAAAUAGCUAAAGCAGCAGUGUGAGGUAAUCCUUCUAUCCUUGACCCUUUCUUUGCAUAGUGAUUGAUGGGCCUUUUUUUUUUUUUUCUCCUUUCCUGGUAACAAAGCACAGCCUUCAGCUAUGGGCAUUUAAGACGCAGAACACCCAGAGGCCCAGCUGCAGCUGCAGGACCCAGAGGUAGACCUUGAUAAGCUGGAGAAGGACAGAGAAAUCCACUCCUGACAACAGAGGCAGCAGCAAAAGGAGCAGCAACCAGGGGAAAAAAACAAAACAAAACAAAAACGAUGUUCCUAGCCACGUUCAAGCUGUGUGCAGGGAGCUCCUACAGGCAUGUGCGCAACAUGAAGGGGCUGAGGCACCAGGCUGUGUUGGCCAUUAGCCAGGAGCUGAACCGGAGGGCGUUGGGGGGCCCGAACCCUGGUACUUGGAUUAACCAGGUUCGGCGUCGGAGCUCUCUGCUUGGUUCUCGACUAGAGGAGUCUAUCUACAGCGAUCAGGAGCUGACCUACAUCCAGCAGGGAGAAGAGGCCAUGCAGAAGGCCCUGGGCAUCCUCAGCAGCCAGGAGGGCUGGAAGAAGGAGAACCAGCAGACAAAUGGGGACAAAGUGCUGAGUAAAGAAGUCCCAGAUGUGGGCAAGGUAUUUCGGCUGGAGGUGGUGAUAGAUCAGCCCAUGGAGAGACUCUAUGAAGAGCUUGUGGAACGCAUGGAGGCCAUGGGAGAAUGGAACCCAAAUGUUAAGGAGAUCAAGGUACUGCAGAAGAUUGGAAAAGAUACAAUGAUCACCCACGAGUUGGCUGCAGAAUCAGCAGGGAACCUCGUGGGGCCCCGUGACUUUGUGAGCGUGCGCUGUGCCAAGCGCCGAGGCUCCACUUGUGUGCUGGCUGGCAUGGCCACACACUUUGGGGAGAUGCCUGAGCAGAAAGGUGUCAUCAGGGCUGAGCAUGGUCCCACUUGUAUGGUGCUCCAUCCUCUGGCUGAAAGUCCCUCAAAGACCAAACUCACUUGGCUGCUCAGCAUUGACCUCAAGGGGUGGCUGCCAAAGACUAUCAUCAACCAGGUCCUAGCACAGACUCAGGUGGAUUUUGCCAACCACUUACGCAAGCACCUGGAAUCCAGCCCCACCCUUGAAGCCAGGUGCUAAAAGACCAGCCUGUGGUUUCCAACUCUUCUUGCUGUUGUGCUCUGCAUCCUCAUAAGGAACAUUCCUGCUAGGAACCUUCAAGUCUAAGAUCUUUGUCUGAGAAGAGUGGGAUAGUAUAACAGUAUAUUUAGAAAUUAUACUGAAUAACAACAAUAAUAACUAUGAUAAUAAAGAAAACAAGGGCAACAAAAAGGGAAUAAAUAAAUUAAUUAAAAAAGAAAUAUGAUACUAAAACUCCUAUUGGGAAAAUUCUAGUUCCAAGAAAAUAGGGAUUGAGGCCUCCUAACUUCACUAAUUAGCUGUGAAAUAAUUAUGGGCUUCAGAAGGGGGCCUUUACUUUUCUACCAAAAAACUAUCUUUAAAGUGCUACUAGGUACCUUUUAGAAAUUGAACUCCAUUUUCUUUUUUCUUUUGUUUUUUUAAAUUUAUUUAUUUAUUCAUGAGAAAGAUAGGAGAAGAGAAAGAACCAGACAUCACUCUGGUACAUGUGCUGCCAGGGAUCGAACCCAGGACCUCAUGGUUGAGAAUCCAAUGCUUUAUCCACUGCACCACCUCCAGGAUCACGAACUCCAUUUUCUUAAUGGAAAAAAAAACAAAACAGAACACAAAACUGUUAGACUGGUUCUCCUUUCUUUUCAUGAGCACCAGUCAGAAUAAAGAAUUAUAGCCACCAACCCUGGAGAUGGUAAAGUACUACAACACAGGAGUUGUAAGCAUGAGGUUCUGAAUUUGAUCCCCGGUGUCACAUA